AUGUCUAUCUAUCUACCUAUCCCAUUUUGUUCAUAUAACAUCUAUCUAUCUAUCUAUCUAUCUAUCGUUGAAUCUGUUAUCUUCACACACUCUUUAUUCCUUUUCAUUCCUUUCUAUGUUCUUUCUUCAGUCACAGUGUCUUCUUUGGCCUUCGUCAAUAAAGCCAUUAUUGUUUUAGUAUGCGAUGUACGUGCUGAAAGAAUUGUCCCAGAUUAUCUUUUCAUUAAAAAAAUCAUAUCGCGGUCCCUCGCUGCUUCGCGGUCCCUCGCUCCUUCGCGGUCCCUCGCUACAUCGCGGUCCCUCGCUGCUUCGCGGUUGACUACGAUCUACUAUAGGCUAUCUAUCCAUCUACCUCUCUCUUUUCUUAUCUAUCUAUAUAACUAUAUAACUCUAUCUAUCUAUCUAUCUAUCUAUCUAUCUAUCUAUCUAUCUAUUUUCUUAUCUAUCUAUUAUUUUUCUUAUCUAUCUAACUCUAUCUAUCUCUUUUCUUAUCUAUCUAUCUAUCUAUCUAUCUAUCUAUCUAUCUAUCUAUGUCUUUUCUUAGCUAUCUAUCCAUCGACCUCUCUCUUUUCAUAUCUAUCUAUCUAUCUAUCUAUCUAUCUAUCUAUCUAUCUAUCUAUCUUUUUGCUUCUCUCUAUCUAUCCAUCUCUCUCUCUCUUUUCUUAUCUAUCUAUCUAUCUAUCUAUCUAUCUAUCUAUCUUUUCUUAUCUAUCUAUCUGUAGUUAUCUCUUUUCUAUCUAUCUAUCUAUCUAUCUAUCUAUCUAUCUAUCUAGCGCAUGGAACGUUUUCACGGUGCGAGAGAGAACCCUACAACGGUUGAAAAUACGAAAGGGGCCAGAGAUAUUAAGAAGUGAAGUAAGAUUAGCACUGUAUAAGUUAAUAAGAAAUAUCUAUCUAUCUAUCUUUUCCUAUCUAACUAUCUAUAUCUAUCUCUUUUCUAUCUAUCUAUCUAUCUAUCUAUCUAUCUAUCUAUCUCUUUUCUUAUCUAUUUAUCUUUUCUUAUUAUCUAUCUUUUCUUAUCUAUCUAUCUAUCUAUCUAUCUAUCUAUCUAUCUAUCUCUUUUCUUAUCUAUCUAUCUUUUUUCUUAUCUAUCUUUUUUCUUAUCUAUCUAUCUUUUUUCAACAUGGCCAGCCGGAAUCUUAA